UCAAAAAUAAACAAUGGAAAUUGAAAAAUAAAUCUUAUUUCGGAAUUGGGAUUAGAUUUAUGAUAAUGCCCAAAAUACUUACGUAAAUUUUAAAAGAAGAAUGGCGUAUAACAGGUCUUCUUUUCAAGAAAAUAUGAAUCACCGAUAAUCCUUUUGUGUAGUGUUAUUGUUAAUCCGUAAUGACCUCUUCAUAGUGACCGCUAAACUAACAAACAGUAAUUUUUAAUCUAUCAGUUCGACUUGUGUACAAAAAUAAAAUAGAUUCCGGCAAUAUGUUUUCGAAAAAUUUAACAAGUAAAGAUUCAUUCUUGGAGCAAAUGAAAGCGGCGAGAGAAGAGCGUGCUUUAGAAAAAAAGCGAGAACAGUCAGCAACCAAAAUACAAGCAAUUGUUCGAGGCUGGCUUGUCAGACAGCGCUUUAUCAAACUUAUUUUGGAUGAAUUUGAUCACCUAGUACCUGAACCAAGUCAUGGAUCUCAAGAUGAAGGACAACAGAUUGAUUUUGUUCAAGCCCUGGAUGUAUAUAAAGCAACUUGCCGCUUGUUUCUUGUAUUCAAGCCACAAAGAGAUAGGAAAAGAUUUGAGAGACUUUGCAAGUAUAUAGUCCAGAGCCUGCAUUCAGAGUCUGUCAAAAUAUCCUAUGUGGGAGUGUUCCUAAAUAAAGAAUACAGCUUAUCCUGGAUAUCACAUAUAAAGGACCUCCUACAUAAAUGCUGUCAGUAUCUGGAGCAACUAAAACCUGAGUCCCCCCUGGAUAUGCAGAGUAUCCUCAUACAUUUACACACACUGUUGGCGUUUACAGCUACAAAUACAUGGGCUUUGACUCGCCUUAAAAACUUUGAUAAGUUGAGAGGAGGAAUGACACAGCUCUGUGCUAAUGUGAUGGGCUCACUGUUUCAUAAGGGAUAUUAUUUGACUUUGAAAUCUCUUCUGCUUCGAGGUUUGUGUCGCGAGAAAGUGAGUCUGAAGAACAUAGCAUUGUCUGCAAUUGUUGCCCUCGCUCUUCGCCCUCUUAUCUCAGCCCAGUUUUCUGAGAAGCUCCUCACAAUGUUCAUAAUACAGAUAUUAUCUGUUCCUACAUUGGUGUUUCACAUGCAGCAAAUAUCGCCUGAGUCAAUAUCGACGUUCCGAACGCACGCACUAUUCGACAAGUCCGUGGAGUUUCUGAGCGCAGAUCAAAAUAUGCGAAUUGUGUUCAAUACAUUGGAAGGCAACUACGCGUUGUGUCUCUUGGGGAAUCUGAUACAAAUGGCUCAUAUUGAACGGGAUCAUGCGCUUAAUGAGACAUUUUAUCCAACCUUUGUGCUUGUUUCGACCCGAUUCCUCGACAGUUGCCAGCAAUAUGUGGUGUGCAAGAAGGGAAAUUUAAGCAAUUGGCAUCCAGUAUUGGGAUGGUUUUCACAAAGCUUCGACGCCUACUUGCCACCAACUAUGGGGAAUUUACGUAUGCAAUUAUCUUUGUUAUGGGGAGCACCGUUAUUGAAGAAAUUAUUAGCGGUUCCCUUGAAGGAGAUGAUUGAUGGCGGUGUGGGUGAAGAAGGGGCGGGACCCUCACAGCAAUCGUCGCCGUUGCAGAGUAACCCUGCUGCCUUUAUACGGAGAGCAAUCGAAGCUAGGACUAAUAGGGGCAAUUCAAAUAAAAACUACAGAAAACUUGGAUCUCCGGAUUGUACAAAGGUGGCUCUUAUAUGCUCGAUGUACCACACUGCGUUACAGACUAUGACUCAGGUCAAGCUUGAUAUUUUAACAGGUCUCUGCAAUCAAGACGAAAUCCUGUAUUCGUUAUGGCAAUUUAUGUGCACGUUGGGACCAAACAGCGGGUUGAAAGCUUUCUUAGACCUUCUGGCUGUCAAUACUAAGUCAUCUGCGCCGGAGUUUCAAAUGCUUAUACUAUUCGCAGAUUGCAUGACACAUUAUGUUACAAUACUUGACGAUAUGGAAAUGUAUGAGAAGCAAGAACCGUUCAAAUUGCACGAUUUUGUAAAUAUGUCGUCCUUCUUGAAUAUGUUCAUUUAUAAAUCUAUAAUAGGACAAUUAUUUGAUCUCAAAAGCAUUCAAAGCAACGAUGUGUUCCGUUCAGUGCACACAUUGCUACUGGUGUUGUAUCGCCGUGACUGUCGACGUGCGUAUACGCCAGCGUCCCAUUGGCUAGUGCGGGAUAUACGCGACUCGCACUUUAUGGCCGACCUUGAGAAGGGGAAGAAACCUCAACAAGUACUGGUUCAAAAGACGCCGCACAUGAUCGCACACGGCGAACGAGUGAGGUUAUUCAGACGGGCCGUAGCGGAUGAAAAGGUGGUACUAGGCCUAACUGAACGUGCGUGUGGGGGUCGGUCCACGUUAGUUACGGUUCGUCGUAAUAGAUUAGUUGAGGAUGGCUAUAGACAACUUGCGGCAUUGCCAAGUAGAGCUUUACGCGGUGUUGUGAGAGUCCGAUUUAUUAACGAACAGGGCCUGGAUGAGGCUGGAAUUGACCAAGAUGGAGUGUUUAAAGAAUUUCUAGAAGAAACAAUAAAACGAGUUUUCGACCCCUCCCUAAACUUAUUCCGUGUUACGAGCGAGGAACGACUUUAUCCAUCUCCUACUUCAUGUCUUCAAGAUAAUCAUUUGCAGUUAUUUGAAUUUAUUGGGCGAAUGUUGGGAAAGGCGGUGUACGAGGGAAUAGUGGUAGAUGUGCCAUUCGCAUCGUUCUUCCUUAGCCAAGUGCUGGGGCAAACACAACAGGCGCUAUACAGCUGGAUUGAUGAACUGCCAUCGCUAGACCGAGAUUUGUAUCGGAGCCUGACUUACAUCAAGCACUUCCAGGGUGAUAUAUCCAGUUUGGAACUGACCUUCUCAGUAGACGAGGAACGUCUGGGCGAAAUUGUGACUCAUGAAUUGGUUCCCGGCGGCAAAGCUAUACCAGUCACAAAUGAAAAUAAAAUAAACUACAUUCACCUAAUGGCACAUUUUCGGAUGCACACUCAAAUCAAGGACCAGACCAACGCCUUCAUUAAGGGGUUCAGAGCUAUCAUUAAUCCAGAAUGGUUGUCGCUGUUUUCAACACCAGAGUUACAACGCCUUAUAAGCGGUGACAACGUACCCCUGGACUUGAGAGACCUCCGACGUCACACGCAAUACUACGGCGGUUUUCAUGACUCACAUCGCGUUGUGUGCUGGCUUUGGGAUGUUCUACAACGGGACUUUAGUGAACAUGAAAGAGCACAGUUUCUUAAGUUUGUCACAUCGUGUUCAAAGCCACCCGUCCUCGGCUUUGCACAUCUUAAACCGCCAUUUUCUAUACGAUGUGUUGAAGUGGGAGACGAUGAAGACACGGGUGAUACUAUAGGAAGUGUGAUAAGAGGCUUUUUUACGAUACGCAAAAAAGAUCCCUUGAAUCGCCUACCGACGUCAUCUACUUGCUUCAAUCUGCUCAAACUACCAAACUACCAAAAACGAAGUACGCUACGAGACAAAUUGCGAUACGCAGUAAAUAGCAACACUGGGUUUGAACUGUCGUAAAGCGUUAGUGUUGCCCGUUUAUAGACUAAAUUUGUUAGUUUUACGUUAGGAUUUGCCAAUUUAAAUUGUCUUGGCGUAUGCAAUAAUAAAUUGAAAUUGUGUUAAAGGACAUACUUUUGCUCAUAUUUUAAAACACGUUAAAAAAAUAAUAUGCAUACUUAAAUGAAAUUGGGGGUCAAAUGUAGGACAAAAACAGGGAAAUCGAAUUUCUAUUAUUCCUUACGAGCGAGAAUAAAUUGCUGUUACUGAAUGUAUGAAAAUUAAUGACUUAUUGAAAUAAGCUAGUAUAUGACCAAAAAAUUUAAUUAUAUCAAAGUGUUUAUGUGCGCUUUUAACUUCCACGUCUUAGCAGUUAAGGUAGACGACUAAGUAGAAACCCGGCGAAACAGUAGACGAGGAAUAGUAACAACAAUAUAUGUAAUAUAAUAUUUAUAUACUAUCAAGUUGAAAGGUCUCAAAGAAUUGAUUUAAUUCAAGUUACGUGGCUUACGAGAUAUCAAUCACAUCACAGUUUCCACUUCAAAUACCAAUCAACAUUAUUUGGAAAGGCGUGGAUACCCAAUCUUCAAAACAGAUUUUUAUGAAAAUUUAACUGUUUCCUAAGUUGAUAUAUUUGUAAUUCAAAAAUAAACAUAUGGCUUUUAGUUUCCUAGAAAUUUGUAGACAUACAAAAUUUCGCAAACGUGCUUGGCAGCGUAAUUGUAUAACACAGUUCAAACUGAUAGCCCUCAUUUAAGUCGGUUAAAAUAGCUAAUAAUAUGAGUGUGUUUGUUUAUGUCUGAAACAUAUAAUGGUAUAAUGGGGCGAAAAAACCACAGACUAUUAUUUGUCAUGUCACUUUAAAGCUGAUUCCUCAGCUGUAUAUUGAAUAUCAUUUCGUAAAUAUAUACAACUGUAAUUGCACUAUUUUAACUAAAGUACCAUCGCACCACCUAAACUUUAGUUUAAAAAAAUCAAAUCUAUUGUACGUCAGAAUUAUGCACUUUACACGUGGAAUGUUACGUGGCCAGUAUGAUUGUUUGGCACAACAGGCGAGAAUUGUACAAUAUAAAGUAAAGAUGGAUAAGAUUAAUUUUAGAAGUAGAUACAACUGUUUUAAAAGGAAAUACGAAUUAGAAGUCGAAUUAAUACUGAAAUUAAUGGUAACAUUUUUAACACUGGCAAAGUUGACGGGCGUCGAUCUUCAAAAAUUUUUUUUCUGAAACCGGUACUAAUUUGUGACGGUUCUUUCUUAUCGUAAGUUUAACCAAGUUUUUAUACUCAGUAGUAAUUGUAAGUCUUUAUAUUUAAACAGUCCGAUUCAGGUCUAAAGUAUGGAAUACGUGUAUAUAGACAAUAAUCCUUUAGUGUAUGUAAUGUCGGGUUAUUUGGAAACCAUCGCUUAUAACCGAUAAGGCCGCCCGUUGUAUUUAUCUGUACUGUCUUAAAUUUUUACAAAAAAUGUGUAGAUCAUAUGAUUUUUUCUAAUUUGCCAUCAAUAUAUUUUAGUGGUCUUUGACUUACCAAAAUUGUCUAUUGUACGAAAUACUUUAUGACUGGCUUUAUUAACAAUUUUAUAUGAUCGGUAAGUUAGUUUACGAAAUUGUUAAAUUAAAUUGGUUAACGGAAAAUUUAUAUUAAUUCUAUAAAACAAAACGAAAUUACUUAAAUAAAAACGUACGAAAAAUUAUUUAUAGUUAACUCUUGUCAAAAUCCUCCUUAAUGUUGCCAUGCUUACAUACGCAACAACUGCUAAAAUUAGUCUAACAGAUAAAAGGCCAUUUAACAAAGUGAAAUUGCGAUAGACAAUAUUGGUUACAAAAAUUGAUGGAAUUGAGAUCAUUAUCACAACCUUUAUAUAAUAACGUUUAUAUUAGCUUUAUUUAACUAUAUUAAUAACUUAUCAAACAGUCUCUCCAUUUUUUAACUACAUAAAUACUUUGCUUCCAUGUCUUAUAUUUACUAACGAUAGUUCCGUACUUCAUAAAUAUUUUAGUGUUGUAAUAUUUUGUAAUUAUUAUUCUUAGAUACCUGUAUUUUAUGAAAAUAUUUGUUAAUAGUGCAAUUUCCACAUGCCAUCUAGUUUCGCGACGCGUUUCAAAAUAUACUGAUAAAUCAACCGGAUGUAAAGAAAUAUUUUUUUUAGAAAAAGGUUAAAAUAUAUGAAAAAAAACGAUAUUCAACAGUCGAUCGUGUUUAAAGACUGAUGCUUGGUUGAAAUUAUGGAGUAUGAACAACAUGUAGUAAGGUUGCUACCUUUUAAAAUAAAAUUUACAAUUAUUAGCUUUUGCUAUGAUUUUUUCCCCAAAAUACAAUUAGCAAAUAGACGCUGUUCCGAUACAUUUAAUUAACUCGCCCAGUCGUCAAUAUUGGAUGUUUAUUACAGAUUAAUGAUACAUGUAAACUUUUGCCGGUAUCGCGUUUUAUUUAUAAAAAAGUAUAUUCUGAGACACGCCGUAAAAUAUACAAAAAAACGUAUUUUGUAGGAUGUUUCGAUGUUUGUUUAAGGUAUUUAAAAUAGCGAGCAUAUAUCUUUGUGGGUCGUUGUAAGGUAUAUUUUGUACUAGCCACGUAAAUGUUGUAUAACACAAUGUGAUU